AAUCUGUAAACUACAACCCCCAAGAGGCCUCUCGGGCUGAGGAAGAACUACAAUUUCCAGGGUGCCCAGCAGCGGAGGCCUGCGAGGAUCAUUCCUCUUGGAGACUACAACUCCCAGCAUGCCCUAAGGAAGGCGUCCCCGAUUACGGGAAGCGUUAGACUGAAUCUAAGCCGGGGAAGACUCUAGGGAUCCGGGAGAGAGACCGGGAACGGGGAUUCGGAGCUGUAGUCAUGCUUCGCCCCAAGGCCCUGACCCAGGUGCUAAGUCAAGCAAACACCGGAGGAGUCCAGAGCACGCUGUUGCUGAAUAAUGAGGGCUCACUGCUGGCCUACUCUGGUUAUGGGGACACCGAUGCUAGAGUCACUGCUGCCAUUGCUAGCAACAUCUGGGCUGCCUAUGACCGAAAUGGGAACCAGGCCUUUAAUGAGGACAAUCUCAAAUUCAUCUUAAUGGACUGCAUGGAGGGCCGGGUGGCGAUCACCCGGGUAGCAAACCUGUUGCUGUGUAUGUACGCCAAAGAGACUGUGGGCUUUGGAAUGCUGAAGGCCAAGGUGAUCCCUUAUCCCAUCUCCUUUUUAAGAAAUUUCUCCUUGCCAUGCCAUGGGGUUACCUUUUCUCCUCUGGACCCCCAUCCUCACCCCUUCAUGCCCUCAUCUAGAUAUUUCUGAGCUCUCUUCCUUGUUCCCAAUCUUUCUCUAGAAAAGGUACAAAUGAGGAACUCAGACAUCUCAUCCCUAUUUCCUGGGGAAAAGAGUAUAUGGGGCCUAAAGGCUUAUGAUGAUGGGGAGGGAGGGAAUGGAAUUGGGAGCCUGGGUGUCCCAGUCCUUGGCUGAGUCAGGUGUUGUUUUCAUGGCUAAAUUCACCUAACCCUUUUACAGGCCCAGGCCCUGGUCCAGUACCUGGAGGAUCCCCUCACUCAAGUGGCAGCAUCAUAGCAGUUGGGGAUAAUGGGCUGGAGGGUAGGGGUGGGAGUGGAGGGCUAACCUUCUGGAGGGGGCAGGGCCCCCAGGAAACCUUUCCUGAGGUCUGAAGGGAAAGUUUUCCCAAAAUAUCAUUGAAUAAAACGAUUUAACACCUG